CCCUCCCUCUAAAAGCACUCUGUGUGGGGAACAUGAGAGCCAGACCAAAGCUCAGAGAGUCAGUGGGAGAACCUGUUGGCCUCAGGUCCUCCAGAGGUUUUCUGAAUCCAGCUGUGUGUCUCUGAGGAGUAAUCAGUCCAGAGAGCCUCCACUGUUCUUUGCUCUAGACAUACCAUCAGACUACCCUGAACCUGAUCCCAGCUGUGUGUCCUUAAAGAGUAAUCUGUCCAUGGAGCUUCCACUGUUCUUCAAAAAACAGAUUAUUUCAGAGACAGUACAUGACAGACCAGGCUGCUGUGAACCUGAUCACAGCUGUGUGUCUAUGAAGAGUGACGCCUCCAUGGAGCCACCGCUAUUCUUCAAGAAACCUGCAUCAACCUUUAGAUCAGGAAAACCAAAGAGGAUCUGUCAAAGAACUGUCUCCAAACAGACACGUAGCUGUGAGUCUGUGAAGAGUGAUGCAUCCAUGGAGCCACCGCUAUUUUUCAAAAAUGUUAUACCUUUAAGACCAGGGAAACGAAGGAGAGUGGACCAGCAGAGCUCAGAGGUUCCCAGUGGUCAGUCUGCCCAGCAGCAUCAAACACAGCUGGACUCCAUAUUUAUGCUGCUGGAGGACAACAUCAUCACUUUUGUGAAGAACGAGCUGAAGAAGAUCCAGAAGGUUGUGAGUCCAUAUUAUGAAGGCAGUGAGAUGGAGGAUGAAGCAGUAUUGCAUUGUGAAGAUGAAGAGCAAUGGAGGAGCAAUAGAGAAGCAGUUCUGAAAAUCACAGUAAACUUCCUAAGAAGAAUGAAGCAGGAGGAUCUGGUUGACCGUCUGAAGAACAGAACUCCCAGCACAGUUUGUCAGCAAAACCUUAAAUCUGCACUGAAGAAGAAGUUCCAGUGUGUGUUUGAGGGCAUCGCUAAAGCAGAAAGCCCAACCCUUCUGAAUCAGAUCUACACAGAGCUCUACAUCACAGAGGGAGGGACUGCAGAAAUCAAUGAUGAACAUGAGGUCAGACAGAUUGAAACAGCAUCCAGGAAACCAGACAGACCAGAAACAACCAUCAGACAAGAAGACAUCUUUAAAGCCUCACCUGGAAGAGAUGAACCAAUCAGAACAGUGCUGACAAAGGGAGUGGCUGGCAUUGGGAAAACAGUCUUAACACAGAAAUACACCCUGGACUGGGCUGAAGACAAAGCCAACCAGGACAUCCAGUUCAUAUUUCCAUUCACUUUCAGAGAGCUGAAUGUGCUGAGAGAGGAAAAGUUCAGCUUGGUGGAACUUGUUCAUCACUUCUUUACUGAAACCAAAGAAGCAGGAAUCUGCAGCUUUGAAGACUUCCAGGUUGUGUUCAUCUUUGAUGGUCUGGAUGAGUGUCGACUUCCUCUGGACUUCCACAAAACUACAAUCCUAACUGACCCUAGAAAGUCCACCUCAGUGGAUGUGCUGCUGAUCAACCUCAUCAGGGGGAAACUGCUUCCCUCUGCUCGCCUCUGGAUAACCACACGACCUGCAGCAGCCAAUCAGAUCCCUCCUGACUGUGUUGGCAUGGUGACAGAGGUCAGAGGGUUCACUGACCCACAGAAGGAGGAGUACUUCAGGAAGAGAUUCAUGGAUGAGGAGCAGGCCAGCAGGAUCAUCUCCCACAUCAAGACAUCACGAAGCCUCCACAUCAUGUGCCACAUCCCAGUCUUCUGCUGGAUCACUGCUACAGUUCUGGAGGAUGUGCUGAAAACCAGAGAGGGAGGACAGCUGCCCAAGACCCUGACUGAGAUGUACAUCCACUUCCUGGUGGUUCAGGCCAAAGUGAAGAAGGUCAAGUAUGAUGGAGGAGCUGAGACAGAUCCACACUGGAGUCCAGAGAGCAGGAAGAUGAUGGAGUCUCUGGGAAAACUGGCUUUUGAUCAGUUGCAGAAAGGAAACCUGAUCUUCUAUGAAUCAGACCUGACAGAGUGUGGCAUCGAUAUCAGAGCAGCCUCGGUGUACUCAGGAGUGUUCACACAGAUCUUUAAAGAGGAGAGAGGACUGUACCAGGACAAGGUGUUCUGCUUCAUCCAUCUGAGUGUUCAGGAGUUUCUGGCUGCUCUUCAUGUCCAUCUGACCUUCAUCAACUCUGGACUCAAUCUGCUGGAAGAACAACAACCAACCUCCAAGAGGUCAAAACCAAGAAACUUUACAGAGACACAUUUCUAUCAAAGUGCUGUGAAUAAGGCGUUACAGAGUCCAAAUGGACACCUGGACUUGUUCCUCCGCUUCCUCCUGGGUCUUUCACUGCAGACCAGCCAGUCUCUCCUUCAAGGUCUGCUGAUACAGACAGGAAGUAGCUCACAGACCAAUCAGGAAACAGUUCAGUACAUCAAGCAGAAACUCAGUGAAAAUCUGUCUGCAGAGAAAAGCAUCAAUCUUUUCCACUGUUUGAAUGAACUGAAUGACUGUUCUCUAGUGAAAGAGAUCCAACAGUCCCUGAGAUCAGGAAGUCUCUCCACAGAUAAACUGUCUCCUGCUCAGUGGUCAGCUCUGGUUUUCAUCUUACUGUCAUCAGAAGAAGAUCUGGAUGUGUUUGACUUGAAAAAAUACUCUGCUUCAGAGGAGGCUCUUCUGAAUCUGUUUCCAGUUGUGAAAGUCUCUAAAAAAGCUCUGCUAAGUUGCUGCAACCUUUCAGAAAGAACCUGUGAAGCUCUUUCCACAGCCCUCUGUUCUCAGUCUUGCAGUCUAAAAGAGCUGGACCUGAGUAACAACAAUCUGCAGGAUUCAGGCGUGAAGCUUCUCUCAGUGGGGCUUGAAAGUCCUCAGUGUACACUGGAAACUCUCAGUUUGUCAGGCUGUCUGAUCACAGAAGAAGGCUGCACUUCUCUUGCAUCAGCUAUCAGCUCCAACCCCUCCCAUCUGAAAGAGCUGGAUCUGAGUUACAAUCACUCAGGAGGCUUCGGGAUGCAACGGCUGUCGGCUGGAAUGAGCGAUCCAUGCUGGAGACUGGAAACUCUGAGGGUGGAGCCUGCAGGAGUCCGAUGGUUGAGACCAGGUCUGAGGAAGUAUUCCUGUCAACGCACUACAAAAUCAUAG